CAAGAAAGAGUCCGAGGGUUCCCUUUCGGAGGAGGGAAGAGUUUAGGAGACAAAAUUACGAUGUCGCCGGCCGAAUCGUCCCGUGAAGAGAAUGUCUACAUGGCCAAGCUGGCCGAGCAGGCCGAGCGGUACGAGGAGAUGGUGGAGUUCAUGGAGAAGGUCGUGAAGACGGUCGACGUGGAGGAGCUGACCGUCGAGGAGCGCAACCUCCUCUCCGUGGCUUACAAGAAUGUGAUUGGUGCUCGCCGGGCUUCGUGGCGCAUCAUCUCCUCCAUCGAGCAGAAGGAGGAGAGCCGUGGGAAUGAGGACCGUGUCACCUUGAUCAAGGAGUACCGCGGCAAGAUUGAGGCUGAGCUUAGCAAGAUCUGUGAUGGGAUCCUGAAACUGCUUGAAUCCCACCUCAUCCCCUCGGCCACUGCUGUGGAAUCCAAGGUGUUCUACCUUAAGAUGAAGGGGGAUUACCACAGGUACCUUGCGGAGUUUAAAACUGGUGCUGAGAGGAAAGAAGCAGCUGAGAGCACACUGUUGGCAUACAAAUCUGCUCAGGAUAUUGCACUGGCUGAAUUGGCUCCGACUCAUCCAAUAAGGCUUGGGCUUGCACUCAAUUUCUCAGUGUUUUAUUAUGAGAUCCUGAACUCGCCAGACCGUGCUUGCAGUCUUGCAAAACAGGCUUUUGAUGAGGCCAUUUCAGAGCUUGACUCUUUGGGUGAGGAGUCUUACAAGGACAGCACAUUGAUCAUGCAGCUUCUCCGAGACAACUUGACACUGUGGACCUCUGAUAUCACAGAGGACGGAGGUGAUGAGAUCAAGGAAGCUCCCAAACGGGAAUCAGGGGAUGGGCAGUGAUGAGAAAUCAGAUGUCUGGCCUAUGCUUCUACCUUGUGCCCUGGAAUUGGUGUUUUUAAUCCUAGAUGUAGCGAAAAUUCAUGUGCUUGCAGAUUGUUGCCCUUUUUACUGCUGUGGUGUGUGGAUGAACCUCCUAUCUAUCUUA